CCGGGGUAAUGAAUAAACAGUUCCAUGAGCCAGGAUUCCUAUAUGCAUGUCCUCUUUCCAGCUGGAGCUUUAUUUUUUCCCUCUACUCUCAUUUCUAGGCCCAAAAUCAGGUUAACGUUUUAUAAGGAGCUUAGCGCAGAGGGCCACAGCGCGCCACCAAUGUAAUAGAGUGUCCCUCCCUCUCCCUCGCUCACACAUUCUCAUCUGCCCUCCUUUCUCUUUGUGCAUUUGCCUAUCCUGUCAUGCAGUGAUCUCUUCCUCUUCUCUUUCAUUUAUUUCUCCCUGCACGUUUUUUUUCCGCCUCUCGCCGCUUUGCCUCUGCAUCUGCAGAUGUGGACGGCCCGGUUCUGAGCCCUGAGACGUUUGGGCUGGGACACGGCCGGGAGCACCGUGUGGAGAGGGCGACUAACAGGAGGGGGUGAAGCCCAGCUGCCCGUGCAGUCCCUGAGCACCAUCCCAAUGGAGUAUUUCUCUGGAGAUAAAGAAGGGAGCCCAGAUUACAUUCCAAAACAUGAAAAGCCCAAGCGUAAAUCCCUCAAAGCCCGUCUCUUCAGGAUGAGCAAGAGAACAGGUGAUGAAUCCCCCAAACUCAGCCAGUCAGCCAGUGACAUCACUGCCGGAGAGGGACUGGAUUCAGACGAUGAUUUGGAAUCCUCUGAGGUCAUGAUGGGAUCGCGAGCAUUGUCCCAUGAGAGCAUCUUCUUGGCUGAUGAGGCUCAGACAGACACUGAACCAACCAGGAUUUUAUCCCAAGAAAAUGUUCACAGCAAGAUCAAAGCUCUGCAAAUGAAGCUUCAGCUGCAGAAGAUGCAUUUCGGACCACCGACCAUGGCUCUGCCAGUAAGAAAUCCAGAGGGAGGCCAUUCAGAGGACAGCAUUCACUGGGACUCCCAUGAUACCUCAGGAGGGGGCAUCACGCUCACCAAGACAACAUCUCAGCCAGCCUCUUGUUCACUUUCACCCAUCUUAAAAUUUGCACCAAACAAAUCGCUGCCCCCAACUCCAUCCCAUCCAUUUUCCCUUCCUGGCCCCUUAAAUUCUUCUUCUUCUAAUGUCGAGGCUCCAUUAGACUUUAGCAAGCCGGUAAAAUACACAAGAUGCUUAGAUAAUUCUGCUGCCCGCCAUCGGAUGUCUGUUAAACCCAAAAACCAGAGAGCCACCACCAAGAGAAAACCCUCAUAUGUGGGUCAGCGCAGUUCCUUCCACACCAUAAACAACACUGACCACCAAGACUCUAUUAAAGGGAAAAAGCAAGAGCUUCAUGCUGAAGAGGAACUGUUGGUCACAUUUGAGGAAGCACCUAAAAACCCCAUCCAGGCUCUUCCUCAGACAGGAGCAUCCCAGGCACCAUGGGCUACGUCUCACAGCCCUGUGGAUCCAGUACCCAGUGGACGGCCAAACUUGUCCUUUAUAGAGGCUGAAAUAAAGGGAAAAAAAGAUUCUGACAUGGAGAAGCGUGUAAUAUACCAUGACAAGACAAAUACCCUUAAAAAGGCUGAAAUGACUGACCAGCUGACCACCCCUGACCAGUUCUCUUCUACCCUUGGCUCUGUGGUGGCAUCCAGGCUUGGGGCUGUUAACCAGCACCUUCAGGAUGAGGAUGAAACUACAAGAGGAAUAAAAAGACCAGUUGCUGGAUCUGGUUCGUUCCAUUCUUCUGCAAACACAUCGAAAAAACGACAUGGGGAAAGACCUCAGUCCGGCAGCUUUUCGGGAGAGCUGGAACAGACUGAAACAAGGCUUAAGGUGACUGGGGAAACAGAGGAGAAGAACAUAAAGGAGAGACAGGAACUUAGAAGCACCCUACGCAAAGCUAACUCCUCUGCUGUGGGAGGACCAAGACAAGAGGGGGCGCCAACCAAAAUCCCAGCCGUUCCAUGGGACAGGAAGGAAAGUCUGAAAAAGGUUGAGUUAGUGGCACCAUCUAAAAACAUACCCACAGAUACAGGCGCUUUAGAGGCAGUGGAGGUGGACGGCAGCCAGGAGCAGGUAGAGGAAGCUGAGGAAGCAAGAGAAGUUCAGGAGGAAGAAGGAAAGACGGCGUUUGGCGUUAAACUGCGUGCCACAUCUCAGUCGGUGAGAUUACGGUCUGAGACCGCCACCAAGCGCCAUUCAAGGACAGAGCAGAGCGAGGACCAAACUGACACACAGAAAUAUCAAGAAAAAAGUGAGAAUGUCAAAAAGAAUUCUGAAAGGUUUCCAGGAAGCACAUCUAGUGCAGUCAGACCAACAGAUCCAGUCACAUCUGGCAACCACCCUCCAGUAAAGCAUAAUGCUCCCCUUUCCAGUCUGAACACAAAGGUCACAGAAGCCAAAACAAGCUGUUCAAAUCAGAAAGAGGCAGGAACUGCAAUUAAGGAGCCUGAGUCAAGCGCCCAAAGUUCCUCAUCCGAAGCGUCCUGGAUUAGUUUAGCGAUGGAAAAGACCAGGAGCCUCCAACAGCUUUUCACUAGCAGAUUUCCAAGAGAUUUUACAGGUGCCCAAACAGCUGCCCAACCUCAAGCACAUGUGCAGCCCACCAAUCAAACCGAGGAGUCUGGGCCUGCAAAGCAAGCAUCAGUGAAUAUAGUGAUAGAGGAAUCGUUUCAAAGCAGAGGUCAGGCACAGACUGUCAAACUACCAACAGCGGCAACGCACCAGAAGACAGCAGAGAUGUCUCCUCUAAGCUCAAGAGAAUCCCAAAUAUCAAAACAACCCUCCGACGACCAGGCACAGACAAACAUAACUCAGCCUGUCUCACAGUCAGUGUCUCCUGCAGCUGUUCAGACCGUCCCAUGGACCACUCAGUCUCCCUUACGGUCUUCUUCACAAACAGCAACGACAUCUAACUUUGCACAAAGGAAUACCUCACAGUCUCAUGCGCAGGCUAACCUCUCCUCUGGCCAGCAGCAACCCUCUUGGAGCAAUCGAGGUGUCCAGCCUGCCACCCAGCUCAAGCCCACAGCUGCAGCUUCGGUCUCACCAGCUGCAGCUCAUACUUCAGGCUCAGCCUUGGAGAGUGCAGAAAAAGAGGCCACCUUGCAAAAAGAGGUUCCGUCACUCUCUAUCAGACGAGCAGUUUGGACCGGUUCAGUGACCGACCGGGCGGCUUUUAUGGAGAAACGGGGAGAGGGGGCCACGACACCUAUACUCAAGGGGGUGGAACUGAGAAAAGCACAAAUAGAAAUGCAAACAUCAGGUGAUGCCCCCUCCUCCCCAAAAAACACACCCGUAAACAAAGAUUCAGUGGAUGGAAGACAAGAGGUGAAACCUGCAGAAUCCAGUCCCACCAAAGUUCUAGAAAGGCUAGAAAAGCUGCGAGAAGAGAAAUGGUUGCAGAAAAAUGUGGGGUCCUCUUCGCCACCGCCAUCACCACCCACACAGCCAUCGGUGUUGCAGUCGAUGUCCGACAGCAGCCAGCCGUCCUGGAUGGAACUGGCCAAGAGGAAGUCAAUGGCUUGGAGUGAUAAGACCAUGGACUAAAAAAUGAAAAACUGAAUUAUACACAAUAAGUGUGAAAAUGAAAAUGACCCAAAAUAAAUGGAAUAAUUUUCUAUUUACAAGAAAAUACUUAUUCAGGUUGAUGUGUUGAAUGUCAGGUGGGGCUAUCAGAUGGAUGGUAAUACUAUUUUUUACCCUGUUGUGGUUUUGUUUAAUUUGUAGUGUGAGACACUGAAAGAGGCAGGGUUUAUGUUUAAAAAUUCAGCUUUAUCCUCUAUUGAAAUACAUCUUGAGGUGAUUCAGCCCUUCACUGCUGUAAAAAAGUGAAUGUCAAAGAACACAUUUUCUAAUAUUGAUUUUUGUUGCCAUCUUGUUAGAAAUUGGUAUGGCCAAGGAAAAAGAUAUUAAAUCACUAAAUUACAUUUCAGAGUUUCAUUCAUUCUCUGCCAUUAUGUGGAAGAUGACCGGGUGCAUAGAAAAAUGGGGAUUUCAACAGAGGUAUUCAUUCAUUGUCUACACCACUUCUUAGUAGGAUCGUGGGGGCUGGAGCACACAGCUGACACUGAAAGAGAGGGAUGUAAUCUGUUUCAGUGACCAAUAUGUCAUUUCACUGGUCUAAAGCUCCACCUACAGGGGAAAUCUGGGAACUUCCCUCAGCUUAAUAGCUUUACAAUAAACAUGAUCAUGGAGCUGAAGUUUCAAUGAUCAUCCGAAACCUUUGAUAGGCGUUUUUUCCUCAGGUGUAAAGAAGGAAACAAUGAUGGUAAAAUUCUAUAGAGAUGUUUUGGUCUGGAGAUACUCAGCAAGGCAGACUACACACAUUGUUGCAGCUCUAUGUGAAAUGUGUGCACUGUAAAGCCACUAUGUGCUUUUCCUGUGAUCUCAAAUCCAGGUCUAAAAAAAUUAAAAUGGAAUCAUAAAGGUGUUUUCAAUUAUAUGACUAUGUACUGAGGAGAUUAUGACUGUGAUGGGUACAUGAAUAAGGUUUAGAAUUUUCAGCCGAUUCAAUUCAUGAGCCCCACACACACACACACACAAAAACAAAUACGUAAAAAUUUGAGAUAUUUCUACAGAUACCAAUGUAGUUUAAUACCCAUCCCCAGCAAUACACUAAACUUCUCCACUAUUAUUUGUGUGAUGAAGUGUCCAAAAAAAGAGUAGCAGCAGGUCGAUUAUGAAAUUGCCUUCUUUGGUGAAUCAGUAGAGGUCGCUGUGGAAGUUUUACCCUGCACCAAAACGUCCCGUUGUUACAAAAGCGAGUUUGUAAACAUAAGCGGGAGUGGACGAGGACGACCAUUCGCCCAGCUCAAUGACAUGAGGUCCUGUUACUUUCCCUUGGCAGUGUUUGCCAGCAUUCUGUGUCUAAGUCAAAGCUACAGACUUAGGAGCUCCGUGUCCUGGGUCGUGUCUUCCAAUGAUGUUGAUGUAGAGGACGGGGACCUGUCGGAGGAAGCCGCUCCGGCCCUGCUGGUGGACGGCGCGGCGCUGUGGAAAGCGAACGUCCUCGGAGACAGCUUGGAGACCCCCGGGGAGAAAAACAAUGCCGACAGAAACGAUGCCGUGAAACGGCCCUCUCGUUUGUUCUCGUACCGUUUAGAAAAGCUGAAGUCUGGAGGAGUCUCUCCUCCUCCGCACCAGGAGACCGCUAAGACUGCUAGAUAUAUAGCACAUUACAGCGACUGGGGACACCUGGCUACCAUUUCUACACAGGAUAAGAUCAAAGGUAUCCCCUUUGGCAACAUCUUCUCUGUCAGCGAUGGGCCGCUGGACAACAGCACGGGAGUCAUGUAUUUCUACAUGACUCCAAUGGACUACACUGUGGCAGACCUGGAAAGUAACCCUUAUGCUUCCCUCACCUUCUCUGAAGCCGAGGGAGACUUCUGCAGGCAAAUGGUGUAUGAUCCUGAGGAUCCCAGAUGUGCUCGACUCACUCUAACAGGGAAGAUGGUGAAGGUGGGUCCAGAGGAGCUCGCUUUUGCAAAGGAGGCAAUGUUCUCAAGACAUCCCGUGAUGGAAAAGUGGCCAGUGGGACAUAAGUGGUUCUUCAUGAAGAUGGAUUUGAUUCAAGUAUGGCUACAGGAUUGGAUCGGGGGAGUAUCACUUAUACCUCUGGAGGACUACUUUAAAGCUACACCAUUUUGAGGUCCUCUACUUUCUCACAGCAUCAGCCUACAAAUCCAGAUUAUUUCAGCUGUUUUUGCUGUACAUGAAAUGAACAAAGUAAUGACUGACACAGAACGUAUUCAUUUUUAUCAAACCUUUAUUCUUUUUUUAAUGAUUAAUAGAAAGAGAGAACAACAUUCACACUCUCCUUCUUUACUCCUUCAGCUUUGCUAACAAUGCAACAUAAGUAAAAACAGGUUCUGUGGUUGAUGCAUGAAUGUAUUUAGUCUGUUCACUAAUUGAAUUAGUUUCAUGGGUUUGCACUGGGAUAGGUUUGCCGUGUCAAAAAAAUAAAUAAAUUUGUUAUCAGACUGUUUCUGAGAAUUUCUGCUAGUUUUUUAUUU